AUGUCCCUCCCGUCCUCCUCCUCUCUCCCGCCACAGACACCCUCCAAGACAUCACAGGAAUGCGCGCCCAACAUCAACCUUUCGCGCGAUGACAGUAUCGACCUGGACGCCAUAGCUGCUGAGCCUGAGGAGGAGGCUGUCCAUUUUUGCCUGCUGGCAGAGUUUGACAUCGAUGCCGGAGCCACACUGGCCUAUCAAUAUCCGUAUCCCAUGGGGACGGAUGAACACCAGCUGGCAGAGCUCAUGCUUCCCGACGGUGCCCACCUGCGACCCGAAGAUUGGACAGUCUUCUACCUCGGACAAACAGCUUCCAAUGCGGUCGACCCGCUCCUCUCGCAUGAAGCUGCGUCGCUGCGGUCCGGCACCUCAGACUCGGACCAUCGGAGUACAAUGAUGACGACGGGAAGAGCUACGAGAGGUGUGGCUGGGGGUGGAUUGUUGUAUGUCUUGAACUGUGUGAGGAUGAAGGAGGAUAAGAGUAUGAGGAGAGGGGCCAUGGUCAAGGCGCUGGCCAUCUGCACCCCAAAUCCCUAUAUUGGUAUCUACAAGCCGCUAUUGUUACUAGCCCUCGAAGAAUAUUUCAACAAUCCCUCCCCUGAAAUCCUUUCUCGUCUAUACGACUCUGCCAAUGCCAUCUCUACAGCCGGUAUGCCCCGCCUCUCCCGGAACGAACGAAUCCUCUUGCGGUCCUCCGAGCGCAAAGACCUCUUUGAAGAAAAGUUCGGCAUCGCUGAACCUGGGAGCGGGACUCAAGAGACAUUUGAAAUAGGGAGCAGUGAGGAUCACAGCUCGGGAGAAGGGGCAAGGAGCGAAGAGCUGCAUGCGGCGUCGAUGGGGCACCGGAAGACGCUCAGCAGCAGCUCUGGUAUCAGGAUGACGAGAAAAGGAAGCUCGCAGUCUUCUCGUAUGCUGGGGACACCUUCGUCGUCCAGAGAAGGAGGAGUCACACCGGACUUUGGAAUGGGCGAGGGUGGAAGACGGAAAGGUGUUCCAAGAGAUACGCAUUUCUUUGAAACAGAAGCGAGGUUCAAAAAGAUCACGGUCCCUAUACGAAUCCCGAUGACCAUCUUCGACGAGGAUGUUGGUGAUUACUCCAUCAUCGAACUCGUCCAAACCUUUUCUCAAACCUUGACUCCCUUCCCCCCGCCAUACCAUCCUCAUCUUCACACCAACGGCGCUUCAACCCACCCCAUCAUCCUCAUUUUCAAUGCUCUUCUCGCCAAUAAGCGCGUCAUGUUCCUCGGCCACGGUCUCCCCGCCAACCAAGUCGCACGUAUGGUGCUGGCCGCUUGUGCCCUUGUCUCUGGAUGUGGCCAGGUCUUGCGCGGGUUCCCCGAAUGUGCGUUCCCGUAUGCGAAUCUAGCAAGUCUGGAUAUCCUAGAAGAGUUUUCAGGGUAUGUGGCCGGGGUGACGAACCCGAGGUUCGAAGAUCUGCAUAUGACUUGGGAUGUGCUCUGCAAUCUCGAGACAGGGAAAGUGACAGUGUCCAAAAACAUGAAGUCGGGGAGUAUCAGUACGGGGUCGGUAGGGAGCCGAAAAUCGUCAGAGACAAGUCUGAAUGCCAGCCUGGUCAAGGUGGAGGAUGAUAAUAUCUCUGGGACAAUGACGCCCCAACCAAAGAUGAUUUCUACCUCUCGGGCGGACUGUGUCGACAACCAGUUCAUGGAAGAGAUUGCGGCAGCAAUGGCAUCCCACUACGGAGAGUCCAACAUCCGUCUUCGUCUCACCGAUUAUCUCCACCGCUUUGUCCGUCUGGCAGCUUAUCAAGAAUACGCCCACACCGGUUCAUCCAAGAUCGGCUAUCCCACGGUACACUACCAUGAUGGCCAGUUGGGCAGUGGUGUGGUGUUUGCGGACGAACAGAUGAAGCAAAGGGAGAUGUGGGCGAACGGACAUAGGAUUGAUGCGUGGAGAAAGACUAACAGUUACAAGCUGUUCUCCAAGGAUUGGGAAUCUCGCACCAAGCGUCGAGCCAUCGAAUUCGACAUCCAUCAUCAGAUCUCUCGCCUCCGGAUGACGAAAAACAUGUCCGACUCUGAAGCCGACGCAAUCUUCUCGUCACUUGCAAACGGUGUUCGCACGUACGAGCAAGUGGUGGAGCUUUUGACGCAUUUGCCGCCGCAUGGAGGUGGAAUUAUGCCGAUAGCAAAUGGGCUGUUCCACCAGUGGCUGGGCGUGAGGGAGAACACGGUGGACCUGUUGUUAACUUUGCAGCAAUACCCUAUUGGGCGGAUAGCAGUCACAGCAAUGAACUACUUUCACCGCAAAACUCUCGCUCAGCUCCUCGAACGGCGCGAAAUGGCUUACCGCCUGCAACGCGAGCGGCAGCUCGAACAGGAAGAAGGCUACGGGUCGCCUACAGAUGGGUACAGUGGAGGCUUCGGUUGGCCGGGGAACACUGCUACGCCACAGAGUGGAAUGGCGAGGGCUUGA